AUGGCUGCCAUCAUCAAAGGCCUUUACGACUGGUUGCUCAGAACUUUUUGGGCAACCGAGAUGGACGUGACCAUGAUUGGACUACAAAAUGCCGGCAAGACAUCUUUGCUGCGAGUUCUUUCGGGUGGCGAGUUUACCAUAGACACGAUCCCCACUGUUGGCUUCAACAUGAAGAAGGUUCAACGGGGCCAUGUCACAAUGAAAUGCUGGGAUAUGGGAGGACAGGAACGGUUCCGUGGCAUGUGGGAAAGAUAUUGCCGCGGCGUGACAGCGAUUCUUUUUAUUGUGGAUGUGGCCGACUUUGACCAGAUACCAACGGCCAAGCAACACUUGCAUUCAUUGAUGGCCUGCGAGUCUCUUAUGGGUAUACCGCUUCUGGUACUCGGUAACAAAUCCGACCUACCGGACAAGUUAUCGGUCGACGAGCUGAUUGAUGCCAUGGACCUGAAAAGCAUAAACACGCGCGAGGUGUCUUGCUAUGGAAUCAGCGCCAAAGAGGAAACGAACCUGGAUGCGGUUAUCCAAUGGUUGAUGAAGUACUCUAGCAAAUGA